UUCGAAGACAGCUUUUUAGCAAGCAGCAGCAGCCGCCGUAGGCUCUAGUACAGAAACAUGGCGUUCAGGAAGGAGAAGGGGUCCGACCCCUUUUCACAGAAAACAAACAGAUUUGACAGGUUUGCUCAAAUGUCGAAACAAGAAGAAAUGAUUCAACAGAAGAAACGAGAAAUUCAGGCAAAGCUAGAAGCUCAGAAGCGCAAGGAAGCAGAAGAUAAUAUAAAAAAACUAUCAACGACUAACCUCAACAAACCUGGAAACAAGAAACCAAUAGGGAAGCCGUUGAACGUGAGGUCUAUUGGUUCCCAACUAAAGUCAUCAUUGUCAUCAUCAUCCUCAUCAACUUCUUCAUCUUCGGCUCAGUCAUCAUCUGCAAACAAUACCUUAAAUAUUUUUUCUAAUGAUGGAUCAUUCAUGGAUCAGUUCAGAAAGCUCUCCGGAAUCAAAGAGUCUAAAUCUGGGCAAAAGAAAGAUGAUAACAGUUUACCCCAGGAAGAUAGUAAUGGUCAGAGCCGAGAGAGAAUUGAAGAUAGAGAUGAUCAGCGAAGGAGAGACAGGGAAAGGGAGAGAAUACGCGAAAGGGACAGAGACAGGGAUCGCAGUAGGGAUAGAGACAGAGAGAGAGAAAGGGACCGUGAUCGUGAAAGGGACAGAGAUAGAUAUGGCGAGAGAGAUCGAUCACGGGAUAGGGAUAUGGACCGUUCCCGCGAACAUAUGAGGGAGAGAUCCCACGAAAGAGAGAGGGACACUUAUCGCUCUAGGCGUGAUGACCGAUGGCAGAAUGUGCCCGCGCCCGAGCCCCCGCGCUCCUCCUCACCUUACUCUCCAACCAAAGUGGACUACUCUCCCCCCGUCUUCUCGACCAUGUACCCGCCACCCAAUCUAAGUUUACCACCGCCGUCGACGCAACCAGCCUUCUCUCAGCCGCCACCGACCCAGCCAUUCAUCUCAUACCCUACCGCUGUGCCUCCCCCUCAGCAGACCGUCGUCGGCCCGUCACCUGUGCCCCCAGUCUCCCUCGCCAUGGCCACGCAGGGCGUGCACACGGGGGUGCCCCCGCCCCCCACCUCCAUCGCCCUCCAGCUGAUCCCUCAACCCUCUCCCAUCCAGCCCCACUCAAUCCCUCCGCCAUCCCCUAUGGACCCUCACCUCAUCCCGCCGCCGCCGAUGCCCCCCACCGGGAUGCCCCCUCCCGGCCUGCUGCCUCCACAGUUCCAACCCCAGGGUCCCCACGGUGUCCCUCCUCCCGUCCCACCGCCGGGCGUGCCGCCUGGCGUGCCACCUCCUGGGGUCCCUCCCCACGGAGUGCCUCCCCCCGGAGUGCCACCGCACGGUGUUCCACCCCCGGGCGUCCCCCCGCCUGGGGUACCACCGCCAGGCGUGCCCCCACCAACAGGUGUUCGACCACCUGGAGCGGCGGGUCUUCCCUCUGGUGUCCGCAUGCCGGGCCUUCCCCCCGGCAUGCCGCCGGGUAUGCCGCCUGGCGUCCCCCCUCCUCCUCUCCCUCACCUCACUGGAGUCCCUCCGCCGUCAGUCGUCCCCUCAUUCCCUCCAAUCCCUGUUAUGCCUGUCCCACCGCCAUCUGCAGGGCCUGAUGUCAAGCCCGUUAUCGAAUCAUCAGCUGGAAUACAACUUACUGGCAUCCAUUCUAAUCCUCCAGCCGUAAUUGCACCCGUUCCUCCACCUAUCAAUGGUUUACUCUCCAUAAAAGAGGAAGAUAUUUGUGGAAACCAACCAACAAUUAAAGUUGAGGAAGAUGAUGCUGUUCUGCAGCUUGCUAAGAUGGUUUCACAAUGUGGGGAUGAUAUUGAGGAUAUUAUCAAAGCGAGGAACACUGAUGAUAUUAAACUAUGGUUUUUACAUCAAAAAGACAGUAGCGCUUAUUUACAAUAUCGUCUUCUUGUUGAGAAGCUGAGAAGAGAAAAGAAUAGGUCAGAAGGAUGUAAAAGUGAGGGUCACAACUUUUCUGAAAGAGAAGGUCUGUCAAAAUCUCUACCACAAAGAAAUUCUCCAACAUUUGGAAAGGAAAUAGCUCAUUUUGGAAGUAAUGAAAAUGGACAAAACAUAAACCCAUUAGCUGGUUCAUCUCAAGGGGACAAUGAUAACUCAUCUGCUGCCCGCAAAAGAAAGCGACGGAGUAGGUGGGCACCAGAAGACAGCAAAAGUGAUGCACCAUCUUUGGCUAUUAGUUCACUUCCUCCUACCAAUGUACCACCACCUGGGUAUCAAGGUAUAUCUGCACCUGGAGGAGCAGGAAUUGGUUCAGGCCCAGUUCUAAGUAGAGUAACUCGAACUGAUCCUGGUCUUCUGCGAUAUGCUAUGCAAUCAUUUGGCACAACCAAUUUAACAGAGGAAGAUUGGAAAAAGGCUGAAGACCACUACAAAAUCAAUUUGCUGUACCAAGACUUAUUGAAAAAGAGGGAGGAUAUUAAAAAGUUGGAAAUGAGGGGGAAACAUAAAUAUGAAUAUGACAGUGAUGAAGAAUGUGAAGGAGGCACAUGGGAGCACAAAUUAAGAUCAGCAGAAAUGGAGGCUACUGAGAGGUGGGCUGAUGAGCUCACAAGGCAAUCUCAAGGCAAGCAUCACAUAGGUGAUUUUCUACCACCAGAAGAAUUAUCAAAAUUUAUGGAAAAGUACACAGCAUUGAAAGAUGAUCGUGAGCCAGAUCUUUCAGAUUACAAAGAAUUUAAACUUAGAGAAGACAAUAUAGGUUUUCAAAUGCUCCAAAAAUUGGGCUGGUCUGAGGGUCAAGGCUUGGGUUCAGAUGGUACUGGAAUAGUGGAUCCUGUUGGCAGAGCCAACCAGAGAACUGAAAAUCAAGGUCUUGGUGUUGACCGCCCUGAUGAAGUUAGUAAAGAUGAUGAUGAAUUUGAUGCCUAUCGAAAGCGAAUGAUGCUAGCCUACAGGUUUAGACCAAAUCCCUUAAACAAUCCACGUCGUCCAUAUUACUGAUAUUUAAAGUAUUUUUUUACCUUAUAAAUGAAUGUGAGAAGGGUGAGAAUUAUGAAAGUGAUUACAGUACUUUGUGUCCUUCCACUUAGUUUAAAAGAUUUUUUUACUUUAGGUACAAUAGUACCUUAACCUAAUUUUACAUGUCUUAAAAAUAUUUAUUUCUGCGAAAUACUUUGCAAACUUCCAACUUCUUUUGUUUGCAUCAUUGACAACUUACCCUUCUUCAUCAACUUAGUCAUACCAUCUGAGGGACCCUACUAGAUUUCUUCCAUAGUUUCAGGUCAUACUUAGUCGAUAAAGUCUUUAUGUUACCAUAGAUGUGCUCUACAAAUUGUGUUACUGGAAUGCACAUAAAUUCAAAUUCAAAAGCAUGAGAAAAAGAAUGUGAAAUAAAUGUGCCAUUAUUUUAAUAAGGUAUACCCUCUAUAUACUUAGAGGGGUUGUCAUCCAUCACAUAAUUAUUUAAGACAUUUUGUGAGACUUAGUUUAUCUGUUUUCUUGGGAGUGCUAUACUUUUCAUUUUAUGUAUCAUUGGUUUGAUGAUGAUUAACGAUUGCAUCAGACAAUACCUUUCUCACACAAGCUUUGCUCUAGUUUUACUUCUAGCUUUGUUUUAGACUGAUUAAUCAAUUUUCUUUGCUGACAUUGUUUUUUUUUUUUUUUUUUUUCUUAUACAGAAUCAAUGUUUGUUAUGUUUCUUGUGUCAAAACAACCUUUGAUGUUCAAAGGUCUGUUGUAGUCCUUUUCCUCUCUGACUGCCCGACUUAUUGCGUUAGAUUCUAUCACCACAACGCAAAGAUUAUAGUUAUAUUGUAAAGCAUUUUAAAUAAAUGUUGCAAACACAAAAAGAAAAAGAAAAA